GAGCCCAUUCGCAGCGCAAAUUCGAAGCGGCGGCUAGGGCUGCGGCGGCUCGAGCAGCGGAGGCUCUGCGCAUCCCAGUCCUGCCUCCUUGGCAGGAGCCCGAAGCUAAGUGCUCAUCCUAAACCCCACCCAGGCUUCCUCUGUCUUUUCAAGUUCUUCAUGCUGCCCAACUAAAAGGAGAAAAUGGGCACGGGGGAUUUUAUCUGCAUUUCCAUGACCGGAGGGGCGCCCUGGGGGUUCAGAUUGCGAGGUGGCAAGGAGCAGAAGCAGCCCUUACAAGUUGCUAAGAUUCGAAGCCAGAGCAAAGCCUCUGGGUCUGGGCUCUGUGAAGGGGAUGAAGUGAUCUCUAUCAAUGGAAAUCCUUGCGCAGACCUGACCUACCCUGAAGUCAUCAAGCUCAUGGAAAGCUUAACAGACUCUCUCCAAAUGCUUAUAAAAAGACCAUCCAGUGGAAUAAAUGAGACUUUGGUCUCUGAAACUGAAAACGAAAACCAGGAGACCCUCACACAUGAGGGGUAUGUGGAAAGUACUACACUGCAGAUUCGACCAGCCACAAAGACCCAGUACAGAGAGUUCUACGUUGCCCCAGUCAAGAGUGGAGUUUUUCUAGCUGAGGACCAAGGAGGUGGUCCCUAUUGUUCAGGGUGCGCCAAAGAAGAAACUGACCUGAGUUACCAAAUGGCUCCCCAAAUGCCUGAAUCCCAAAGAGGACACUUGGCAGAUGAGGUUAUCUUACGGGAAAAGGCAGAAACGGGGCGGCCAGGCCCUGUGGUAGAGCUACAGCUGUCCCUUUCACAGGAGAGACACAAGGCCACUAGUGCUCCUGCAGUGACUCUCCUGGGAGCUGAAAAAUGCAAGUCUCCUGACUCAGACACUAAUUUACGGCAUGAUGGGAUUGUCCACAUAAAUUCGGUCCCCAGUAAUGAGAAAAGGGACCCCUCUCUGAGGUCCAGCAAGAUAAUCCAGAUCUCCAGCAGCAAAGAGUUGAAAGUGAUCCCAGGGAGGGAGGCAAGAGACCUAGGACUGCCCCAAGUGGAAGUGAUCCUCGACUGCUCUGACAGGCAGAAGACGGAAGGGUGCAGGCUUCAGACAGGAAAGGGGUAUGUGGAUUCUCCAGUGGAAGGAGGGCAGUCAGAAGCACCUCCUUCUCUGGUAUCCUUUGCAGUCUCAUCAGAAGGCACAGAGCAGGGAGAAGAUCCACGCUCGGAAAGGGAUCACAGCAGACCUCACAAGCACAGAGCGCGGCACGCACGUCUCAGAAGGAGUGAAAGCCUGUCAGAAAAGCAGGUGAAAGAAGCUAAGUCUAAAUGCAAGAGUAUUGCCCUCCUUCUAACAGAUGCUCCCAACCCCAAUUCCAAGGGGGUGUUGAUGUUUAAGAAGCGACGUCGAAGGGCCAGGAAAUACACUCUAGUCAGCUACGGUACUGGAGAGCUUGAGCGAGAGGCAGACGAGGAGGAAGAAGGUGACAAAGAAGAUAUAUGUGAAGUAACAUUUUUGGGCACGAGCGAGUCAGAGGUGGAUGACGAGUUGUUGUCUGACGUUGGCGACAAUACACAAGUUGUGAACUUUGACUGGGAUUCUGGACUGGUGGACAUUGAGAAGAAACUGAACAUAGGGGACAAGAUGGAGAUGCUACCAGACACCACAGGCAAAGGAGCCCUCAUGUUCGCUAAAAGGAGGGAGAGAAUGGAUCAGAUCGCAGCCCAAAAAGAGGAGGAGAGGAUGAGUGGAAUGCCAAGCAGAGAACCAGAUGCUGCCCAGACACAUGGCCUGAGAACUACGACUUCCUACCAGAAAAAGGAAGAAGAAUCAGUGAGAGUGCAGAGUUCUGUGAGCAAAAGCUACAUUGAAGUGAGCCAUGGUCUUGGCAAUGUACCCCAACAGAAUGGCUUUAGUGGGAUGCCUGAGACAGCAGAGGCCCAGAGGAUGAUCCCUAUGAACAGAACGGCAAGACCCUUUCCGGGGUCUGUGAACCAGCCAGCAACCCCGUUCUCGCCAACCCGAAACAUGGCAAGUCCCAUUGCUGACUUUCCUGCACCUCCCCCUUAUUCUGCAGUGACUCCUCCACCUGAAGCCUUCUCCAGAGGAGUAUCAAGUCCAAUAGCUGGCCCAGCACAGCCACCUCCAUGGCCUCAGCCUGCCCCAUGGUCCCAGGCAGCCUUUUAUGAUUCAUCUGAGCGAAUAGCUUCCCGGGAUGAGAGGAUUGCAGUGCCGGCAAAAAGAACAGGAAUAUUGCAGGAGGCCAAAAGGAGAAGCACAACAAAACCCAUGUUCACCUUCAAGGAGCCCAAAGUAAGUCCAAAUCCUGAACUCUUGUCACUUCUUCAAAAUUCAGAAGGCAAGAAGGGCACUGGAGCUGCAGGUGAUUCUGGACCUGAAGAAGACUACCUCAGCUUAGGAGCAGAGGCUUGCAAUUUCAUGCAAAGCUCCUCUGCUAAACAAAAGACCCCACCGCCUGUUGCUCCAAAACCUGCAGUUAAGUCCUCAUCCUCUCAACCAGUAACUCCAGUUUCUCCAGUCUGGUCUCCAGGAGUGGCUCCAGCGCAACCUCCUGCCUUCCCCACAUCAAACCCAUCCCAGGGCAUUGUUGUUUCCUCCAUCAAAAUAGCCCAGCCUUCUUACCCUCCUGCCCGGCCCGCAAGUGCUCUGAACGUGGCUGGUCCCUUCAAAGGACCACAAGCAGCAGUAGCCAGUCAGAAUUACACACCCAAGCUGACAGCUCCUACACCAACAGUAAAUGCUGCUCAUGCUAGUACAGUGGGACCAUCCAAUGAGCUUCCAGGAAUGAGUGGGAAAGGAGCCCAGCUCUUUGCAAAAAGGCAGUCAAGAAUGGAGAAGUAUGUAGUCGAUUCAGACACAGUGCAGGCCCAUGCUGCCCGUGCUCAGUCUCCUACUCCAUCUCUACCAGCCAGUUGGAAGUAUUCCUCCAACGUCCGAGCACCUCCUCCUGUGGCCUACAAUCCCAUCCACUCCCCCUCUUACCCACUUGCUGCUGUCAAGUCCCAGCCGUCAGCCCCACAGGCUUCCAAACCAAGCAAGAAAAAGGGCAAGAAACCCCUCAAUGCCUUGGAUGUGAUGAAGCACCAACCAUAUCAGCUCAAUGCAUCCCUGUUUACUUUCCAACCUCCAGAUGCAAAGGAUGGCCUCCCCCAAAAGUCAACAGUCAAGAUCAAUCCAGGGCCGGCCUUGAAGCAAGCACUUCCUCCCAGGCCAAUGAAUGCUAGCUCUCCCACUAAUGUGCAGCCUUCAUCUGUGUACUCAGUCCCAGCCUACAGCUCUCAGUCUACCUUCUUUGCAGAGGCCACCUCACCAGUCAGGGCAUCCCCAGUGCCUGUGGCCAUUCCCACCUCUCCAAAGCAAGAAUCUGCUUCAUCAUCAUAUUUUGUGGCACCAAGGCCGAAGUUCUCAGCCAAGAAAAGUGGUGUCAUAGUUCAGGAGAGUGGACGCUCCCUUUCUCUUCCUGGAAGAUCAGUCCCACCCACCAUCUCUACAAUACCUUCUUCAGUGUACCAGCCUGCUUAUAGCUACUAUGGCAACCCAUCUGGUGGGCUAGAAAAAGCAAACAAGAGGCUAACUCCUUGGGAAGCGGCAGCAAAGUCUCCUCUUGGCCUAGUGGAUGAUGCCUUUAGACCCAGAAACAUCCAGGAAUCCAUUGUGGCAAACGUGGUCUCAGCAGCUCGGAGGAAGGUGCUCUCAGGGCCCUCAGAGAAUUGGAAAGAGAGAAUGUCCUAUGUCCCUCAAACCCAAAAGACCAAUAUGAGCUCAUUUGGAAGGCAACAGUAUAGUGUACCAUCCCUACCCAGUAAUAGUAUAUCUACCAGCUCCCAAUAUGGUUCACAAUUACAGUAUGCAUAUUCUAGGCAGCCUUCCAGAAAUGAUUCUGAGUUAAUGUCCAUGGAAACCAGAUCUGAUUACUGUCUGUCAGUAACUGAUUGCAACUAUAACCCACACCCAAGGGGAUGGAGGCGCCAAACAUGAAAGUUAAAAGAAC